UAACAGAAGUAUUGGAAAACUUUGAGAGAUGAGUGUCAACAACCGAGAGUAGCUGUAGUGCACUGUUAAUAAAUCAGCUGAUGCUUUGAACAGCAAACAAAACAAAAAAGGCGAUUAAAGCAAAAAAAGAAAAAAGCGAAUUUUUUCUUAUUUAAUGCAUUUAAAGUGCUUUACUUAUUAAAACUACAGUAAUUUAGUAAUUCCGUAAUCAUCAAAUAUGUACACAAGUUAAAAUGACUUCACCGAGUGAGCAGAGUUAAAUCAGAUCGGGAGCUGGCUGUUUUGGCACCAGCGUUAUCGCACAAACAAACGUACAGGCGUAUCACGUUUUCUGUUUUCUUAAAUAGGCUAAUUAGUUAUGGAUUAGUGAUGCAAUUAAAAGUUGAAUAAUUUGUUCUGAAAUGUUGAGUGUGCCAACAAUACGAUUCCGCCUUAGUACGGUACAAGGAAUUUAUCAAUUGCUAGUUAACCAACCAAGAAGGAUUCCACUAAAACAGCCACCGAUUGCUUGCCUUCAUUUGAGUCAUCCCAAUACGGCUAAACUAUUUGUGGAUAAGGAGAACAAACAUGCACACGAUGUGUUGGAGCACUCACUGAAACCGUAUAAAAUUUUCCGUCUGGAUGUAAGCACACAAACUAAAAAUUUUUCCGAGCACCCGCAGCUUCCAUCAUUGGCUUUAACCCCUAAAAAUACUGAUUCUACAAUUGAAGAACUCUUCAGUGCUUUUACCGCUUUGACACAAUAUUGCAUACACACGAAUACCUGCAUCUCAGAUCAGCGUUUCACGCAAUUUUGUCUACGAUUCUGCGAGCAGACUCACCACCUAAAUGACGAGGAGUUAUUGACAACACUUCGGCAACUAGCCCAGCUACCACUGGAGGAUUCAGUGCGUGAACAUAAUUAUGUGGAAUUGUGGAACAAUUUAGAUGUUGAGUGUUGUCGUCGCAUUGAUCGUUGGUCAAGUGAUGAACUGUUGCUCGCAUGCGAUGCCUGGUAUACGCUGAACUUGGCACGUGUUUCAGAGUUUGUGUGGGAAGCGUUGCGUAAGCUUGGGCGGAAGGUACGACGCAUGCAGCCCGAGCAUUUAGUACAAGCCAUGUUCUACUGUAAUGUUUUACGACGGCCUGUAUUUGAAAUGUUUGACUUCGAAGUGAAUCUAGCGCGAUGUGUCGAUAGUAUGUCGUUGCAGGAGUUGGGUGUCAUGUCGAUGGGGUUCUUUAAGACACAAACACCUAUACGAAAUCCGGAUCUAUUAGAUCAUCUGUACAAUAGAUUGAUAGCGGAAACAGAGACAGUGGACGAUAUAACACUGGUCGCCAUCUUAAAAGUGCUGCGUUAUAGCAGUAAAUUACCGCAAGUGCCACAAAUGAUGCAACUAAUGGAAGUUUUACAAGAGCAAGUGUCGCGCAUUUCAUUAAUGAGCUGUUUGCACUUAGCGCUUUUCGGUGUCGAGUUGCAAUGUUGUCAUGAUGGCGUUCUAGAGUUGGUGCUACAGCGCUUCAAUAAUGAAAUCGCCAAUGCGCGCCUCAAGGACAUGGAGCGCAUAUGUUUGGCUAUAAGCGUUUUCAAUUAUCGCAGUCCAACUGGUGUCGAGCAAGAGUUGUGUCGGAAAAUUAUCUCGCUGCUUCAAACAAAAGUUGAUGAAGUCAUGAAAUAUCCGCGUUGUUUUGCGGCGUGCCUGCAUUAUCUGACAUUAUGUGGAUACCAUAAUGAAGAGAUGCUAACUUCUGCGUUGGACAAGCGUUUCAUAGAUCACGCUUAUGGCAAAAAUGUGACACUUGGACGUGAGAUCUUCAAUUUAGAUUCUUUUGUGAAAAUAAAUUUAAAGGACUCUGGUUAUACGGGCAACCAAUUAUCGGAAAAAAUGCGACGUUCUAUGGGCAAAAUGUUAACACAAUACAUACCUGAGAGAAAUUCUAAAUUCAGAUUAAAUAAUACAGAUCGUAUAUUGCUGGAAAUCAAGGAAACUUUUGAACGAAUAUUGCGACCGAACACGUUCAAGCAUAUUUUGCCACAUUUCGAGCGACCAGAUUUGGUUAUUUGCUAUGACAAUAAAAAUCGAAAAGCAAUACGGCUUGCUGCUGGCUGUCCGGAGGACUAUAGUGGUGAUAUUUUGACACGCCAGCUGCUGCUAGGUGAUUCUGAUAGACCGGAAGUGGACACCAUUGCUAUUGUGAUAGCUGGCUGGAAUAAUGUUGUUAAAGAUAAGCAAAGAUUCACUGGCUUAUUUGAGAUGAAGCUUAACCAGUUACGCAUGCUGGGACACAAGCCCAUUGUGAUAUAUUGGCACGAAUGGCGCGCACAAGAAACCCCAUUGGAUCGUCAGCAGUUCUUGAAACGAAAAUUAGUGAACGCCAUAAAUUUUUAGCAUAAAUUUACAAAUGAGUAUGUAUGUCAAAAUCAAUUAGCGAAUUCUGUGCAUACAGACAUACAUAUGUAAGGAACACAAUUUAAAA